ACUAUCAUUCAUUCAUAUGGACAAUUUUCAGCCUCUCUCUCUCAAUGACUCCAAUGGCGGCUAAGUAUAUAUACAAGUAAAUGAUGAAUCAUAGUUUCGGUUUCUUCUGCUACAGCUGCUGCUAGUAUAUAUGCGUUUUUGUUUUCCAUUUCAGAAUCCGUUCACCACAAUUCAAUGGCUGCCGUUACCCUUUCUCUUCACCGGCUCCCUCUCUUCACCACUCCAAUACACCGUUACACCUGCAAAAAUCAAUGUUCCAGAUUUCCUCUCUCCACCACAAUGACUUUUCUCCGUCCCUGCGCUAUUUCCAGCCGGCCAUACGGCAAGAACAACUCCACAGUUUCUUCCGCCUAUGUGACCGGCCCGCCGUCUGGUCCGCUUACCGAGCAACCCGAUUCGGAGAUUGAGGUUUCCAAGUUGAAAGACACUGAAGAUCUGUCUAAUCCGUUAAGUUGGCGACUGUUGUGGACUCUCCUCAUUCGCCAUAAGCUGAGAAUCUCUAUUGCUUUCAUCAGUCUAAUUGGAGCAACCUGUUGCACUCUCUCUAUGCCCUUGUAUUCCGGAAAGUUCUUUGAGGUACUCAUAGGCAAGGGUGACAAACCUCUUUGGGAUGUCAUUAGUAAGAUUGCCAUUCUGUAUAUUUUAGAGCCAGUUUUCACAAUCUUCUUUGUUGUGAAUUUGAGCACUACAUGGGAGAAAGUAAUGUCAAACUUACGAGCACAGAUGUUUAAAAGGAUUUUAACCCACAAGGUUGCAUUUUUCGACAAAUACAAGGUUGGGGAGCUCACUGCUUUAAUAACAUCUGAUUUGGGUUCCAUUAAAGAUAUUGUGGGUGAGAAUGUUUCAAGAGAUCGAGGAUUCAGGGCUAUUUCAGAGGUGGUUGGAACAAUAUGUAUCUUGUUCACUCUCUCCCCGGAACUUGCACCUCUUUUGGGGUUGCUCGUGCUUGCAGUGUCUGUUUUAGCGGCUGUGUACAAGCGCUCAACUGUGCCAGUCUAUAAAGCACAUGGUGCUGCUCAAGCAUCCAUGGCUGACUGUGUCAACGAAACAUUUUCUGCUAUACGCACUGUAAGAUCUUUUGGUGGAGAAAAGCGUCAAAUGUCUAUAUUUGGAAAACAGAUUCUUGCUUACCAGAGUAGUGGCAUAAAGCUUGGAACUUUCAAGUCCUUAAAUGAAUCUGUAACCAGAAUUGCAGUUUAUAUUUCUCUGAUGGCCUUGUAUUGCCUUGGAGGUGGCAAAGUGAAGGCUGGUGAACUGACACCAGGAACUAUGGUCUCUUUUAUUGGAUACACUUUCACAUUAACUUUUGCUGUUCAAGGGCUAGUUAAUACUUUUGGAGAUCUUCGUGGGGCUUUUGCUGCUACAGAGAGGAUUAACUCUAUUGUAUCGGGAACUGAUAUUGACGAGGCCCUAACCUAUGGUUUGGAAAAAGAUAUCAAGGACCAGAGAGUGAAAGAUAAGAAUUUAGAUUUCUUUGUCAGUGACUCUGUUGAUUCCAAUCAAUAUCAGGAUCUGCAUUUCUUUUCAUCUAUUAAAUCAAGCAGCAAGCUGCAUAGCUUAGCCUGGUCAGGGGACAUUUGUCUCAGAGAUGUGCAUUUCUCUUACCCUUUGAGGCCUGACGUGGAAAUCUUGAAUGGUUUGAAUCUGACAUUGAGAAAUGGAGGUGUAACUGCUCUAGUAGGCCCUAGCGGUGCAGGGAAAAGUACAAUAGUUCAGCUAUUGGCACGUUUCUAUGAGCCAACAAGCGGUUCCAUAACAGUUGCAGGAGAAGAUAUUAGAACGUUUGAUAAGAGUGAAUGGGCACGCGCAGUGUCCAUUGUGAACCAAGAUCCUGUUCUAUUUUCGGUGUCGAUAGGAGAAAACAUUGCAUAUGGGCUCCCAGAUGACUAUGUUUCCAAGGAUGACGUGAUAAAGGCAGCAAAGGCAGCAAAUGCUCACGAUUUUAUCAUUGCUCUUCCUCAGGGCUAUGACACACUUGUGGGUGAGCGUGGAGGCUUACUUAGCGGAGGGCAGAGACAGAGAGUAGCUAUAGCAAGAGCUCUGCUUAAGAAUGCCCCGAUUCUGAUUCUGGACGAGGCGACGAGUGCCUUAGAUGCGGUUAGUGAACGGUUGGUGCAAGAUGCUUUAGACCGCUUAAUGAAAGGAAGAACAACACUAGUAAUAGCUCACAGAUUAAGCACGGUUCAGAAUGCUAAUCACAUUGCUCUUUGUUCUAAUGGGAAGAUUGAAGAGUUGGGGACCCAUCAUGAGUUAUUGGACAGAAAUGGUCAAUAUGCCGUAUUAGUUCGUUCCCAGAGCUUCAAUUAAAAAAAAACUAAUCAUUUUCGAUUUCUUUG